CAGCCAAGCAUCUUUUUUCUGGAUUCAAACCGCGGGGACGGCGCGAUUGGUCCAAGUAAGUUGGAUCUUUUUUGGCAGUCCCUACUCUAAUUUUGGCAGUCACACUUCCGAUGCUUUGACCGCCGAAACUCCCACGGUUGAAGAUCGUUCUCGGGGGUUUAGAAGCUUCUUCUUAGUCCUUUGAAGGGGGAGAACAUCGUAACAUUGUAACAACGUAGCGGCCCUAAUAAAGCAACUAAUACUGCUGGAGAUCCAUUACUAUGCUAGCGCACCAUGAAUACAGUGUAGCUAGCUUGAGGCUUGCACAAUGUCUAGCUUACCUACCUGGCUUGCAUCAUAAGCACUGCUUUCUCAGGGGUGUUUACGAGCGGCAUGUCCCGGUUAACCGGUUGCGCUCCCGGAGGUUUGAUGGGUACUAGCUAGUAGUUUCUUCCUUCCCCUUAGGAUGUCUCUACUGCAGCCACCUUUGCUUUGGUGAAACGGGUAUGGUAUCAUCCUCUGGGUUUGCUUUCCUCCAACAGGAGUUUCUAGUGGGAUAACAAACAAGCAUCCCGACAGCCUUUUCCGUUCAAGACGAUGAACCAGCAAUCCGGAACGGUAAUGUAUCUGUUACAUGAUACUAUUACUGGUUCAUCUCUAAUGGAACAAGCAAUCACAAGAUGGAUUACCGUUCCCCAUGCCAACCGUCCCGAAUCUCAAGAGAGGAUUGAAUCAUUCCAAGGCUACUGUACUGUACCGGUACAGUCGUACCUGGUAGAUCUAGUUGCUUCUGAACAUUUGGAUAUGAUCCUCGCUUUUUCACACACAACAUCUAUCCGUUACGAUUGUUGCUAUGGUUACAUUCAUGUGUUCCCGAUGGUUUCAUUGCUCUAUGCAGUUCGGAAGGUUGGUGGUAUGUUGUUGAUUUGGGCCCAAGUGAUCCAACCAGCAUCCUCGACCCGCAACACACAUGUCUAGGCAUAAUUCUUUGUCGGAAUGUCCUUGGCUUUGAAUGGUUUUGAAGUCGCUUUCUGCCUAAGUCCAAACAAGCUUCGGUUAAACAACUUUAAAGGCAAUUGGUCAGUAAGUAAACUUUUAUACGUGAGAGCUUUCAUUUAGCCAAUUGAUGCCAAAACGGUGAAAUCCGGAAGCACUUCUUCUCCGAGCCGAAGGUCUGACGCCUCACUCAUCCAUUCAUUCGACCAUGGCGUUCUGGUUCUAGUUGAUUAUAGUGCGCUCUUUCCUCACAUUCACUACUGUACCUCUCCGCUUCUUCUUGCUUGCCAUCAAUGCAGCACUAUGAACAAUAUCCUUGUCUGGCGUACAGGUAGCCCAUCUAGGAGGAGGAACUCACUCUAUUUGUGUUUGGUGAUUUUGGUCGGACCGUUUGGAAGGCUCGAGCCGUCGUUGGCCGAAAAACACAGCCUAGUUCAUUUGCGAAGGCGACGGACAACCGAAGACUACAACAAUCCAUACUGGGACAUACCAUGGCGAUCCAGUGGCGGUUCUUCGGGAGUCGGAAACAAACAACCACCACAAGCACCAGAAGAACCACCAGCAGGCACCAACUUUCCAUAUUCCAACUGGGCUUCGGUCAGCGUCAGCACUCCAGGAGAUGAUGAGGAGGAGGACGACGGAGAUUCUCCAAGAGAUAGCGAUGCAGAUCCCAGCCGUCCCUUUCCAGUCUCUCACUGGGCGUCGGUUCAGGUCAUCUCCGAGAAGAAUGUGUCUUCCACUACAAGCGGCAUCACCAAUACCACUGUUGUUGGCAAUGAAGACUACAAUUUACAUGCCAGCAAUCGACCACAAGACCUAUUUGUGGACCAAUGUCUGACGCUACUGGAAGGCUAUUCCUUGGAUGGUCAAAUGGACCGAACCUCCUACGUGCAAUUCUUGAUGACACUCUCGCAUAACAGUUUGCAUGCCAAAAACUUUCAGGACCUGCCUCUCUUUCUAUCCAUGAUCUUUUUCAGUGCCAGUUGUACCUCUGGAGAAGACUGUGUUACGCAGGAACCCGCCAUUCUCGUUCACCCAAGAGGUUCCCCUGAAAAUCAGCUCAACGAUUUGCUCUGCUUGCAGCUCAUGCGGUUUCCGUUUCUGGAAAUCGCCUUGCCAUUUCAAUUCUUGAUCCGAGUGGCAAAUGGUGUAUCGGCCUCGGAAGUACUAUCAGUCAACGAAACCAACCAGAUUGUUACCACGUUGGAGUUGGCAUUGGACCAAGUUCUAUUGCAAGGAUUCAAUUGUUCCUUUUCGGAAGAUCAGCCGCCUCGUCGGGUAAAACCGGAUCCAAAAAGACGACAACCACAACCUCACAAUGCUUGUGACUAUGCGGUAGAGGUGGCUGUAGAAGAUGCAGCGGACUAUCCUUGCGGCUUUACCAGCAAUUGCAUACUGAUCUUCUCCGAUGUCAGUGUCUAUGCAGUUCUGAGUGAAUCCCUCGAUGAACCCAAACUUCGUAGCUUGACUACCGAUGUCCUACGUGAUGCCAUCAAUGGCGAUGCGCUCGGUCAAUAUCUGGCAUGAGUAUGGAUUGUGGAAUGGAAUGUGGCUGCAAGCUCGGGAAAGUUUGACAACCAGAAUCCAUCGGGAGAUGCAAGGCACCAAAGAAUGAAUGGGCCUUGGGAAGACGAGUUGGCCCAUGUGACGCUCUCCAAACGAAUAGUGAUCAAUCCGUCUUUUGCCAAGUACCGGUAUGGUACUGCGGGUACUGCGAAUCACUCAAUCACCGUGAGUAUGGAAAGAUCUGGCCAAAACGGUGUCUUGCCAUGACCAAUGGAUACCGCGACAGAGGGCGCAGAGCUUCCCAGCAGAGCGAUCUCAGAGUGAUACGAAAAAAAGGUUCCAAAUCCUCUGGUCGAGUAGCCAGAGUUGAUAUUUGUGGGAGAAACAAAACGAGGGAAACUACCAUGUAAGAUGCAGGGAGAGUGACGGCUUCAAAAGGCCGAUUAUAGAGAUGCAACUGCCAGAUGAGUUCGUACCCUAAACUGUACUAGUACCGGUAGACCGAAGAUUCCAUGCCCUACUUGUAUCGGAAGCUGGCUAAAACCCCAUAGCUCUCAGAAGAAAAUUAGUAACAUACAGUCGUACGAGACGUUCACGAUACUUGAACGUGAAAUAAAUGUACUUUAGGU